AUUAGUUCGUACGCAGGACUACUUGGAGCGCUAACAUAUGCACUGACGCUGCUCGAAGUAUAGAUAUAUCUCGGAAAGGAAGAGUUUUAUGAUAUUUUGUUGCAUCGUAGAAAUAGUAGAAUACUGUUAAAGGUUGGCCACCUAUUUCCUUGACACCCCGUAUACCUACGUAACAUGACUGUUACACCCUGUACAGUGAAUACAUAUUUCAUAUCGUUUAUAAACUGUUUGAUUUAUAUGAAAGAAAUAUGUGCAUUGUAGUUUAAAUGUUUUACGCUAGAGUAUAUUUGAUGCACCUUUCUUUUUUAAAAGAUGGCUCGUUAGCGCGGUAACAUCUCUUCUCUGGUAAUUCUCCGAUCAUCGACCAUUCACUGAUGUUCGACUAUAUAUCGAGAUUUCAAAUAUUGUUUUCCGUAACAUUGGCGGCAUGUCGCUUUUAACGUGUUUGGUUAAUGAAAAAUAUAUACAGUGCAAUACAUUACGACCAACACACAACAAGAGAUUAAGAUUUGGUCCUUUUACCAAAAAUGGCUGAUCACUAAAUUUGAACUAUAUAUCUGUAUUAAUAUAAGGUGAAAAUUGUACGAGAAGAAUAAAUAACCUAACAUAAUAUCAGUUUGUGUGAAACGCGGGUAAAUAUGCCACGCACCAAAGCAUCACCUAAAAAAUGUGUUAAAACAACUAAUUCGCAUCCAGGAACAAAUACAUGGGUUUUCCUUAUGAAAGGUGAUAGUUUAGAUAGUACAGAUGGUGGUACACCUGAUAUAGUUAAGUUAAGACAUCCAGCUUUAAAUCAACCUACAAUGUUUGUCUUCAGUCCAGGCAAUUUAACAGUACAAGAAGUCUUAACAUUUGAUGAAAAUAAAAGAUCAUGGUUUAUAGAUGAUAACGUAAAAUCUGAUGGGAAACUGCAUUUGUCUACUCCUAUUGAUCCAAUGUUUUUAAUAUUACCUUAUUUAAGACAGUCACAACAAGCACAGCCAAUAGAACAAUGUCUUUGGGAUGAAGAUUUUCCAGAGACAUCCCGUCUUAUUCAAUGUCAGAAUUUAAACCUGACGUUAAUUGCUGACCGCAAAGGAGACGAAUCAAUGCAAGCUUAUAAAUUUAAUGAAGAAAAAACAUUAAUUUGGUUGCAAAAGAAAGUAGAAAGAGUAGCAGAAGUUUUAAAACAAAAGGGUGUUCAUGUAUCACAGGGUGCUACUAGUGCCACUUAUGUUAGAAGUACUAAGUUUGAGAAUGUCUCAGAAAUUGAUUAUUUAAAAUAUGCACAUGGUAUUGUAUCAGAAUAUCUCGCAGAAGAUUUAUCAAACAAACUGGCACAACAUUUAAACUUAACAGAUGAAAUAGAAAAUAAAAAAAGAAAAUUAAAUAGUCCUAAAGAAAAUGUUGAUGAAAAGAGAUCCAAAAAAGAUACCACUGAAAAUGAGUCAAUAUUAAAACCAAAAAUAUCUGACUCAACUAAAUUAGAGAAGUCACAGAAAACCACUGUUGGUAAAAAGGAAUUAGCUAGACAGAAAGCUGCAGCUGGAUCCAAAAGUAUUACUAACUUCUUUAAAAAGAAGUGAAUUUUAAAAAGUACCUUUAGAUUUACAAUAAAUUUAAAAGAGUUUAAAUACUGUAAUAUAUAUGCAUACUAUUCAUAACAGUAAGUUUAA